UGAACGAAGAUGUAGCGUAAAACAAUCUUAGUUUUCAAGUUACGCGCUUAAUGAGCUUUCUGUUCCUUCACACAGACUAUGGCCGAGGAAAAUAUCCAGUUCUGCAGUAAUUGCAAACAUGACAUUCCAGAAGCCAACUUUACAACACAUGAGAUUCACUGUCGGCGGAAUAUUGCUCUCUGCGAGGUGUGCCAGGAGCCUUUUCCGCAUGCUGAGCUUGUGCAGCACAAAGAGAUGGAUCACGCUGAGGAACAGUGCAAAUGUGGAUUAAAGAUAGAGAAAAGGUUCCUGGAGACCCAUCAGAGAUCAGAAUGCAGUCAUCGACUGGUCCCGUGCCAGUUCUGUGAUCUGGAGCUGGCUUCCUAUCAGGCUAAAGAGCAUGAGGAGUACUGUGGGACCCGCACCGAGCCCUGCCCUGUCUGCAAGUGUAACGUUAUGCUGAGAGAGCAACACAUCCAUCCAGCCCUGUGCGGAAGUCUGACUCCCCCUCAGGAGAGGCAAAGCAGUAGGGCAGGGUCCCAGUCUCCUGGAGCAUGGUUUGAGGCACACUCCAUCCAUAACCUGUUGAGGGCCCAGGAGAGGAGCCACAAUAAUAACAACACGGGGGCCGCAGACCGCAGGGGUCCACCACGACCCUUGGAGGACAGACUGCAUAACACCACCAGAGGGACACUUAGGGGAGGAACCAGGAGAAACACAGAAAUGAGGAACAGUGAAUUUGCUUAUUUGCUGGAUCAGGAAGCAGAGCUGCAUGGGAACAACAACAACAGCCUGCUGUGGACUCUGGGACAACUGCCAGACUACGAGUCCUCCAGUCUGGACUACAUGCUGGCCCUCAGCCUGCAGAGUGAAGGUGACUUGGAGGACCCCCGUCAGGAGGGCGUGUGGACUGAUGUGUGGGACCGUAACCUGGGAAGGACACCAGCCCAUAGCAAUCUCACUUCCCAGGUCUCCUCCAGCACUAACAACAACUGCACUGCAGCUCCCCCUAAAACCAACCUGGCCCCGGCCCACAGCCCCUCCUCAAACAUCAUGCUGCCUUGCGAGUUCUGUGAAGAGCUCUUUCCAGAGGAAGACCUUAUCUUACACCAGACCGGCUGCAGCCCGGCCUCUGCUAUCGCUUCCUUCAGUAAACAAGCUCCUUCUCUUCCAUAUGAAGACAUCAUCACUCAAGGGGCUGGUCAUGUCAUUCCUCCCCGCACGCCCAGUCCGCCCACUCUGCCCCUCUCCGUUUCUCCGCUCUCCUACAGUUCCUCCUCCAGCCCAGUUGAGGGCGACGUGCUCAUUCCUUGUGAGUUUUGUGGCGUUGCUUUGGAAGAGGAUGUGCUCUUUCACCAUCAGGACAAGUGUGACUUCCGCCCCCAGACAGCUUAUUCAGUCGAUGGAGUUUCUCCACGAAAACCAGCCCAGACCGUCAAAGAGGCCAAGGAGAGGAGAUCUCCUGAGAAGCAGAGGAGGGUGAGACAUCAAGCUGAGCCAGGUGAGGAGCUCCUGCGACAGACGGCUCAGGGGCUACAGAGAGGCUCCUCAGGUUUGGACCAAUGGCCGCUCUCAGCUUACAGUUACUCUAAGAACACAAAUGUUGAACAGCAGGUGAAGAGCAGGAACCAAAGGCUCGAAGCUGUAGAAGCAAGCACGUAUCUCAACGACAGCCUCAAGCCCCGUUCUACAACCGCUUCGGGACCUCCACACAAAGGAAGACUGGAAGGUCGAACGAGUGAGAAAAACACGGAGACAACAAAGGUGCCUAAAAAGCAUAAUGUUGAAAAAGAGGAGGAGUAG